AUGUGUGGCAACGAGGAAUGUAUGAGUGGUGACCUCUGCCUUCGGGGCGAUGAUAACAUUCCCCAAUGCAUCAACUUUGAUUGGAAUCGAGUGUCGCCGAACGACUGCUCCAAUACGGGGUGUUUGGCAAAUGGCUUCUGCUUUAUGAACAAGGAUAACCAGCCCGAGUGUGCUUGUAAUGAAGGGCUCGUUCCCUCUGACUCUGAAAUGGCGUGCGUUCCUCCUGAUCUGAACAUUCCUCCUCCUACUGAAAACCCCACUCCAUCCUGCAACAAAGUCUGUCCGAGCGAUGCCCAGUGCAUUGUGAUUUCUGACAACACUUUCAGCUGCCAGUGCACCGCGAAUGGCUUUACCUUCAGCGAAGCCGACCAGCAGUGCCAUGAUCAAAACACUUCUCCUACUAAUCCAACCCCCACUCCAUCGUGCAACAAAGUCUGUCCGAGCGAUGCCAAGUGCAUCGUGCUUGCUGAGGACACUUUCAGCUGCCAGUGCAACACCGACGGUUUUACCUUCAGUGAAGCCGAUCAGCAGUGCCAUGCCCUGUCCGCAGGGCCGGCAACCCCAACGGCGCCGUCCGCAGAGCCGGCAACCCCAACGGAGACGGCAACCCCAACGGCGCCGUCCGCGGAGCCGGCAACCCCAACGGAGACGGCAACCCCAGCGGCGCCGUCCGCUGAGCCGGCAACCCCAACGGCGCCGUCCGCAGAGCCGGCAACCCCAACGGCGCCGUCCGCAGAGCCGGCAACCCCAACGGCGCCGUCCGCAGAGCCGGCAACCCCAACGGCGCCGUCCGCAGAGCCGGCAACCCCAACGGCGCCGUCCGCGGAGCCAGCAACCCCAACGGAGACAGCAACCCCAGCGGCGCCGUCCGCUGAGCCGGCAACCCCAACGGCGCCGUCCGCAGAGCCGGCAACCCCAACGGCGCCGUCCGCAGAGCCGGCAACCCCAACAGCACCGUGUUCCAAAGAUUGUGGAAGUGCCAAGUGCGUUGUGGAGGAGGGCAAGGCCCAGUGCAAGUGCCCCUUGGGUCUCGUGUUCAAUGAGGCUGAGAAGACCUGCAGCAAUGCGUAUUACACUCCUGCGGCAGACCCUUGUAAGGCGGGCACAGUGAAGUGCGGCAAGAACUCAAAGUGCGUUGUGAGAGACGGAAAGGCGUGUUGCGAGUGUGACGCCGGCUACACCAAGAGGAACGGCCACUGCACUGGUGAGUUCAUCUAG